AUGAGCCCUCACAAAGUCGAAACUCUUCCCUCUGCGGCUGCCCUACCAUCAUACGGCAUUUCCAAAAAUGGUUUUUUACCCGCGAAAGCACCGCUGACCUGUCUACCAAACGCCUAUUACCAGCCAUGGGAAGCUAUCAUCGAAGUGCUGCCGACCCUUAUCGAGACACAACAAAUCCGCCAACGAGUAGACGAACUGGCUCUCCUGGACACAACACAUCUCCAGACCGAAGCAGAAUGGCAAAGAGCAUACUCGAUACUGGCAGUCAUUGCGCAAGGUUACAUCUGGCAAGGACCAGAGCCCUCAGAGCACUUACCCUCUGCCAUCUCCGUUCCCUUCUUGAAGGCAGCUGAGCGUCUCGAGGUGCAUCCGGUAGCGACCUAUGCAGCAUUGAACCUCUGGAACUGGAGGCCUCUUGAGAAGGGUGCCAACCUUACGCAGCCGGACAACUUGGUCGCGCUCCACACCGCCACAGGAUCCGAUGACGAGUCGUGGUUCCUCAUCAUAUCAAAUGCCAUGGAGGCUAGGGCAGGGCCUUUACUACACAUCAUGCUGGCCGCUAUGGAGGCUGUCGACCAUGAUGAUGUUCAAGCGAUAGUCUCUGGACUGAGGUAUUUCACGGAGAGCAUGAAGGAUAUCGGCAGACUACUCGAGCGCAUGGACGAGCGUUGCAACCCGCAGAAGUUCUACUACACCAUUCGGCCGCUGUUAGCGGGUAGUAUGAACAUGGAGGCAGCUGGCCUGCCGAACGGUGUCUUCUACGAUGAAGGUAAUGGCAAGGGACAAUGGAGGAAAUACCGCGGCGGUAGCAACGGGCAAAGCUCGCUUCUGCAGUUCUUCGAUGCUGCACUUUCAGUCAACCAUUCCCGAUGUGGUAACUUCCACGCGGAGAUGCGCGAAUACAUGCCCGGUCCACACAAGAGGUUCCUGGACGACGUUGAGUCUAUCGCAAACAUCCGCAGUUACGUUGACUCGCACCAAGACAACGCCGAACUUCUGGAAGCUUACAAUGAGGCUGUUGCAGCCUUGAGCCGCUUCCGAGACAUCCAUAUCGCUCUCGUUACGAGGUACAUCAUCAUUCCUGCUCGUCAAGGAAGACCAGCACACUUUGCGAGCCGCAAGGACAUCGCGUCGAUGACUACCAAGAUGGCGUCAGAGAAGCCAUCAACGCAGGAGUUGGUGGGCACUGGCGGGACCAAGCUCAUCCCGUUCCUGCGUACGUCAAGGGACGAAACAAACGAGGCUACUGUCUCGUGA